GGUGACUUCUUUGUUGUCAUGACGCUCACUUCUCCGCUCCUCCAUUGCAGCAAUUCUUGCCUCAUACACCGUCCUUGCUUGCGCGCGUUCUACCGGUCUAGGACUGUCUGCUUGAUAGCGUUCAAUCUACGACUUCAAGCGCUCCUGCCUCGUACAUCCAUUUCCCAAGCGUCACAUCGGUGACCUCCAGCCGGAUCAAGCUGCCUUUCUUCAGAAACUUCCUCCGCGGGGCACACACCCGCAACUUUGGGAUGGCGUGGCGAAGCUCCGGCACGUCCAAUGAAAGUCUGAUCACCAAUCUGUCACGCAACGGCCUCAUCAGGUCGGAGCGCGUCAAGGAAGCUAUGAUGAAGGUCGACCGCGCCCACUACGCGCCUUCUCACCGUGACGCCUACGAGGACUCGCCUCAGCCCAUCGGCCACCACGCCACCAUCUCCGCCCCGCACAUGCACGCCUCGGCCUGCGAGUCUCUCCUCCCACACCUGCACCCUGGUGCCCGCGUGCUCGACAUCGGCUCCGGCAGCGGCUAUCUGACUGCCGUCUUCGCGAAUCUCGUCGGGCCGUCGGGCACCGUCGUUGGCAUUGACCACAUUCAGCCGCUCGUCGAUUUGGCGGCGCAGAACAUGGCAAAGUCAGAAGCUGGUCGGGCGAUGCUAGACUCAGGUCAAGUCGAGUUUGUAAAGGGUGACGGGAGGAAAGGCUGGGCUGAGGCUGCCCCGUACGACGCCAUCCACGUGGGAGCUGCUGCGGCCGAGCACCACGAAGAGCUGAGCGAACAGCUGAAGGCUCCGGGACGGAUGUUCGUUCCAGUCGAGGAGGGCAAUGUGCAGCAUAUCUAUGUCGUGGACAAGAAAGAGGAUGGGAGCAUUGAGAAGGAGAAGUUGUAUGGCGUGCGGUAUGUACCGCUGACUGAUGCGCCAUCAGCUUGAUGUCGCGGACGUCGGCCGGAACGAAGCUAUGAUAUUUGAAGGAAUAUAUUGAGACACUGGGCGAGUUUUCAGGGCGCCAUGCAAGGCUGCGCCAUAUAUUGGAACGUAGCCUGCUAGGUAUGUCGAGAAACACGAUGUGGUAGAACGAAGGCAGUAGGCCACAGCUGCAGUAACCUCCAAAGAAAUAGCAGUGAACAUGAAGAACAUCACCUAUU